AUGUCAGUCUACCUCUAUUUUGAGUGUAAGAGCUUUUUAGAGGAUGCAAUUGACCAAAAGGGGGACUUUGCAAGCUUAGAUGAUGAUAUCUCAAAGGCUGUGCAGGUUGGGCUAAGAAAGUAUGAAAAGUAUUACGCAUAUAUGGAUCAUGGGUCAAAUAUUCAUUACAUUGCGAUGAUGCUUGAUCCACAACUCAAAUUUGAGAUGCUGAAAGAGGAAUUUGAAGACGAAGAUGCGACAAAUGUUGUCAAGGAGCAAAUACGGACCUACCUUCAUGAUCGUUAUUCAACUCCUCCUCUGAGCGAUGAGCUGGUACUCCCACCAUUACUCAAUCCGAAGACAAUGACAUCUCAACCCGAGCUAGAUCCAUAUAAGCGUAUGCUUGAGCGCUUUGGCAAAAAGAAGACCACAGUGAAGGUGUCUGAUAUUGAUAUAUAUCUUGAUUCACCACCAGUGGCUGUUAGUGAUGCAAAGUCAACUGAUUGGCUCCUAAAGUGGUGGGAUUCUCAUAAGGGAGAAUAUCCGCUAAUGGCAUGUGUUGCACGCGAUUUCCUUGCAAUUCCCAUUACAGAGGUUAGUUUCUAA